CUCUCUCUCUCUCUCUCUCUCUCUCUCACUCUCUCUCACUCACUCUCUCAGAGUGUAUACAUAGUAUCAGUCGCGCGGACACCGAUCGGCUCGUUCAGGGGUUCAUUAUCGACAGUGAUUGCGCCGGCAUUGGGUUCAGUGGCCAUUAAGGGAGCCAUCGAGAGGGCCGGCAUCGCGCCGGACGUCGUGGACGAAGUAAUUAUGGGCCACGGAUUGUCGGCUGGAGUGGUUCACGCGGCCGCUGACAGAGCCGCGGCCGGUGCCGGUCUGCCGGCAAGUGUGGUGUGCAGUACAGUGAACAAGGGUUGCGCGUCGGGCAUGAAAGCGAUCAUGAUGGCCGCUCAGUCGAUAGGUCGCGGCGACACAGAGGUUAUGGUGGCCGGCGGUAUGGAGUCCAUGUCCAACGCGCCGUACAAUCUGGCGCGAGGAGAGUUGCCAUACGGGGCCGCGUCGCUCAACGACGGCGUACUCGAGGGGCUCACCGACCCGUUCAGUGGGCAACACGUGGGCUAUUUGGCCGACACGGAGGCCGCCAAACAGGGCAUCACUCGCUCAGCUCAGGACGAAUACGCGGUCAACAGUUAUCGGCGCAGCGCCAGAGCCGCGGCGGACGGCCUGUCGCUCAAAGAGAUAGUGCCGGUGAUUGUGAGCGGACAACGCGGACGACCGGACGUAACGGUGGCCGACGACGAAGAGUACCGCAGAGUUGACUUCGAGCGCGUGCCUGCGUUGGCGCCGGUGUUUGUGAGGGACGGCACCGGCACUGUUACGGCCGCUAACGCCAGUCCCAUCAGCGAUGGCGCCGCCGCCGCAGUGCUUAUGUCUGCGUCGGCCGUUCAUAGGCUCGGCGUCCGGCCGUUGGCCAAAGUGAUCGCUUACGCCGAUGUGGGCGUAGAGCCGGCCUUAUUUACCGUAGCGCCCAUAUAUGUCAUACCUAAGGUGUUGGAAAAGGCUGGCCUGCAAAUAAGUGACAUCGCCCACUGGGAAAUUAACGAGGCGUUUAGUACAGUGCCCUUAAUCAGUAUUAAACACUUAGGCUUAGCCACCGAACUCGUGAACCCGAAUGGCGGGGCCGUCUCUCUCGGUCAUCCCGUAGGCUGUUCGGGCGCUCGUAUUGUCAAUCAUUUGGCGCUACACCUAAAGCCCAAUGAGUAUGGAUUGGCUGCCAUUUGCAACGGAGGUGGCGGUGCCUCUGCUUUGUUGGUCCAGAAGUUGUAA